UCCUGGGGGUGCAGAUGCCAAGGCUCAGCUCUUCAGCCAUCACAGAGUCAAGGGAGAAAGCCUCCUGGAAGCAGAAGGAGGACGCGAUGGGGGAGGCCAGCCUUUGGAAACGGACCAAGGAGGAGAAGUCAGUCCAGAACAAUGGACCCAAGACUACGAAUCUCCAGAAAGAGGUGGGCCUGCUCAGCGGUGUCUGCAUCAUCGUGGGCACCAUCAUCGGCUCCGGAAUCUUCAUCUCCCCCAAAUCUGUGCUCAGCAACACGGAGGCCGUGGGGCCCUGCCUGGUCAUAUGGGCUGCCUGCGGGGUUCUGGCAACACUAGGCGCUCUGUGCUAUGCCGAGCUGGGCACAAUGAUCACCAAGUCGGGGGGCGAGUACCCCUACCUGAUGGAGGCCUUUGGCCCCAUUCCCGCUUACCUGUUCUCCUGGACCAGCCUGAUGGUCACAAAGCCCACGUCCUUCGCCAUCAUCUGCCUCAGUUUCUCCGAGUACGUGUGUGCCGCCUUCUACUCGGGCUGUCAGCCACCCAAUGUGGUUGUGAAAUGUCUCGCUGCUGCCGCCAUCUGGCUCAUCACCACGGUCAACGCCCUGAGUGUGCGCCUCGGGAGCUACGUCCAGAACAUCUUCACCGCGGCCAAGCUAGUCAUCGUUGCUAUCAUCAUCAUCAGUGGGAUUGUCCUCCUGGCCCAAGGAAAUACAAAGAAUUUUGAAAAUUCUUUUUCCGGAACACAGACAUCAGUGGGUGCCAUCAGCCUGGCAUUUUACAAUGGCCUGUGGGCAUACGAUGGAUGGAACCAACUCAAUUACAUCACGGAAGAACUUAGAAAUCCUUACAGAAACCUGCCCCUGGCCAUUAUCCUGGGGAUCCCUCUGGUGAUGGUGUGCUACAUCCUCAUGAACGUCUCCUACUUCACGGUGAUGACCCCCACGGAGCUGCUGCAGUCCCAGGCCGUGGCCGUGGGAACCCACUGCAACUCAAUACAACCAGGUACUAUUUGGCUCAUUUAUGUUGCUGGCAGGGAAGGCCACAUGCUGAAAGUGCUGUCCUACGUUAGCGUCAGGCGCCUCACACCUGCCCCAGCCCUCAUCUUCUACGGCAUCAUUGCCACCAUCUACAUCAUCCCCGGAGACAUCAACUCCUUGGUCAAUUACUUCAGCUUCGCCUCUUGGCUCUUCUAUGGCGGGACAGUUCUAGGACUCAUUGUGAUGAGGUUCACGAAGAAAGACCUGGAAAGGCCCAUCAAGGUGCCCAUCGCCAUCCCCGUGGUGGUGGUGCUCAUCUCGGUGUUCCUGGUUCUGGCCCCGAUCAUCAGCGAACCCGCGUGGGAGUACCUCUACUGCGUGCUCUUCAUUCUCAGCGGCCUUAUCUUCUACUUCCUUUUUGUCCACUACAAAUUCGCAUGGGCUCAGAAAAUCUCAAGGCCAGUGACCAUGCACCUGCAGAUGCUGAUGGAAGUAGUCCCCCCGGAGAAGGACCCCGAGUAGCGCGCUCGCCGCCGCGGCCCGGCCCGCCCCGCG